AUGAUCGUGCAAGAAGAAGUGGAAGUGAUCCUGAUGCUGUGCGACUACAAGGUGGACGGCAAGGAAAAGUGUGCCGAAUACGUUCCGACCACCGCGAAGCCGCAGUUGACCUUUGGGCCCUUUACCAUCAAGCUGCUUGGCACGAGAAAGGUGGAAUGGCAGAAGCGCAUAUACUGCGACGCGACCGUCAACAUCUCGUCGCUGGAGGUGCAGCAGGAUGGGAAGGUGAUGCUCACCGUCAACCACUACCACUGGAUCGCCAUGCCCGAACGUCAGCCGCCGCCCGCCAUCGACUACUUCCCCGAUCCACGCCAAUAUAAGGAUAAGCCGCGCCGCCCGCCCAUCAUCAACACCAGGCCCAUCGAGCUGAUGAAGCGCCUCGUUACAAGGGACACCAAGAAACCGAUGGUGAUCCACGACUCGGCGGGCAUCGGCUGGACGGGCGUCUUCGUGCUCACCCAGGUCUUUCUCGAGGUGAUGGCCGCCCGGAAAGAGUUCACGUCUUUCGACGAGCACCUCUCCGCGCUCCGCGCGCAGCGCUUCAAGGCCGUCGAGACGGAGGCGCAAUACCUCUUCUUGCACGUGAUGUUCGUCGACUAUCUGCAGGAUGCGGCCAACCUAAGAGUUGGCGACUUCAAAAACGAAUACGACGAAUACCGGAGCAAGCUGCCGCCCGCCGACAAAAAGGAGAAGACCGAGGAGCGG